GGAGAGCACGAGCUGGCGUUUGGAAGCGCUCUCGCUUCUGUCAGUGAAACCGAAAAUUUACUGCCUCAGGUGUUUGCUCAUCCCGGUGACUGUGUCAGAAGAGGAGCUUGACGGCGGUUACUUCAUUUCCUUAAGUCAGACCAAGCAGAAGUACAGGUGGACGCGGCUCUUGUGGCAUGACUACCACAAACAAGGGAAACAAGGCCUUGAAGGUGAAGCGGGAGCCAGGAGAAAAUGGCACCUGCCUUACAGAUGAUGAGCUGGUGACUAUGUCGGUGCGGGAGCUGAACCAGCAUCUACGGGGCCUGACAAAGGAGGAAAUCCUCCAGCUGAAGCAGCGGCGACGUACCUUGAAAAACCGGGGCUACGCCGCCAGCUGCCGAGUGAAGCGUGUCACCCAGAAAGAGGAGCUGGAGAAGCAGAAGGCCCAGCUGCAGCAGGAGGUGGACAAGCUGGCCACGGAGAACGCCAGCAUGAAGGUGGAGCUGGACGCUCUGCGUUCAAAGUACGAGGCCCUACAAAGCUUCGCCAGGACUGUGGCGCGUAACCCUGUCACCUCAGCCAGGGGACCUAUGGCCUCUGUCAUAGGGCCCCUCAUCCCUGGUAAAGUAGCUGCCACCAGCGUCAUCACCAUCGUCAAAUCCAAAACGGAGGCUAGGUCGUAGUAGCUGAAAAAAAGGAAGGUUCUCAAGACGAAACUGGUCAGUGCAUGGUAACACGGCGAUGGAUUGUCUCUCUUCAAGUUCUCAGUUUUAACCCUCGUCACUAACACUAACAAUACUCUUCUCAAAUCACCCUAAAAGUCUGAUUCUGCAGUCUGCGCCUGUCAGCAGACUUAUCGCACUUAUGGGUGUCAUAAUCAAUCUCAGCUGGUAGUUCAGGAACAGCAAAUUGUGGCAAUACUGAUGCAUCAAAAAGGCAAUAUCUCCUGGUAAAUGUACAGCAUGUAUUUCUGUUUAUUUAAGCUAGAGCUUGUGCAUUUUUAUCCGUCCUAAGAGUCAGCAAACUCCUAAAUCAAAGAUGCUAUUCCUCCUCUGUUUGAUAAAAUACACUGAAGAAACAGCCAGCACUUCCAUCCCUCUGAACCCUUUCCUUGUUAUCAUGCACUGACACAAACUGGGAUGCAUAACAAACUUGGUGUGGAUGAUACAGAUGUCUUCAAAACAGCCUGACUAACCCAAAACCAGUUAAUCAGCCCAAUUUGCGAUUUUUUUCGUUGGUCGUCUGUCAAGUUAUAAGCUUGAAAUAAUGCUCCCAAAUCUAGCAUUCAUUUCUGUUUAUGCGUCUGUGACAGGCUUUAAUGAACUUGUCAUUAUCAAUAUGACUGGUAGAUGCAAUAAUAUAUGUAUGCACUGAAAAUACAAAGAGGUCUUGCAUAUUUAUGGUGAAGUGGAAACAUUAAAAGAAGAUCAGCAGUUCUUAAUGAUAUUGUUCCAGAGCUGAGUGCCAUUCCAGUAUGACAAGAUACUUCUACAAUAUCUGAAAACCUGAAUGUUAUAACAGUAAUAUCCUCGUGUUUUGUGGGGACGGUGAAAUCCACAAACAUUUUGAGACAUAAUUUUUGCUCAUAGAGAAAAUAUGUUCGAGUUGUUUUGUUUAAAAGAUAUAUAUUGCAUUUUUUGUAAUUACUUGUUGACAGGGCCGUCAGAUAUUUCCAAAAGAAAAUCUUUACACAAGCUUUACUGUUUGAAUUGUUAAGGUGUAGAAAACUUUGUCUAAUGUUGAGUUCUCGGUUUUUAUUACUAGGUAGAAUAACUUCCAUUGUUUAUAUAAAUACACAAAAGAAAAACUUAAAAAAAAUCCUGUGACAUCUUUUUUGCAAUUGUACCGACAGUGGCUUACUAUUGAAGUCUGAUAGCUUUUUUCUAGUGACUAGGCGCGUACUGUGGGGUAGCGCGUGCUGUGAUGUGUAAGUGACAAGUUGGCAGUGUCGUUCACUGUAUAGAUGUCAAUGCUGUGCUAUUUAAAACAAAUCUGUAGAGCUAAACUAGGUGGUGUAAACAAGGUCAAUUGUCUUUGUGCGUAUUGGCAUCUGUGAUAUCCUCCGCUUCCUUGGUGUUAGUUAAAAGAAAUCAUACUGUCAUUAAAAGUUUACCACAUAGAACCAUGUAAAAGACAGAAUCGGAUGAAGACAUCAGAGAAAAUUAGCCCAAAUGACUUUUACCUAAAGCUUAAAGAGACACGAUCACUGCAGAAUCUGAAUAAUAGAUGCACCAGGUGCUGGAUGCCCUCUACAUAAACCCUCUGUGACCUGAGAGUAAAUUACUUCAUAGAGAGGUCAGCCCUCCCAACCCCUUUCAGUGGACCACCAUGGGACUUUCUAGUGAAAAUCUAACAAUAUUUAUUUCUGUUCAGUAUCACAGCCACAAAAAUUAAAGUCCUCUUGAUUUUAGUACUUUUAUUGUUUGUAAGGGCUAAAAUCACAGGUAAACUGCUGCAGAAAAAAAUCUGAAGAAAUUAAAAACAAUACAAAGCUAUUUAAAAUGGAAGAAAUGGUGACAAAGGGAUAGUAAAAAGAUCAAACUGGGGAUAUAUAAACAAGCGGAAAGCUCCAAAAAUUUGUGUCAUCCUUACAAAGGGGCCAUGCUAACUUAUUUUCAGUCGCAGCAGUUUUUCAUUAAAAACAUGACUGCCGGUUGAUUUCUUUUUCUCAUCUCUGGUACUUUUUUUAAUUCUUUAAAAUAAAUAAGGAUUUACAAUUUUGUUUUUUUUUUCUGAUGUGCCAAUAUUUACAAAUUAAGUGUAGCCAAUUUUGAUACCAAUAUUUAAAUAUAGUUAAGUCCUGAAACUUCAGUCCUUGAAACAUACAAUUUUUAGUUUGAGGAUGAAUAAGUUAACAAACUUUAGUCCCUAAAACACACAUUAGAGUGGCAGAAAUGAUGAUAAAUUGAGAACUGGUCAAGCCUAAAACUCCGUUAACUUAUUUUUUCAUACAGUGACUCCAACCGUCCAGUUUUAGCUGUGUACCCGUCAUGGUUUGUUUUCUUGUAGCAACUGGUUAAGUGGUUGGUCAGUCUACUUAGCUUUGUAGUAUAACUGGAACUCCUACGGGGGGCAGUGUAACCUGCUAAAAAGAGCACAGAAGUCAUCCUUUAUUUAGUCAACAACAUAGUUUUACUGACUUUGUUCAACAGACUAGUACAACAACCUCCAGAGGGGCAGUGGCAUUAUUUUAUAUUGCUAUUAAAAAACAUAACUAAUGUAUGCAAAGUGCAUGCAGGUGCAGGAUAAGAAAAUUACCGGCAGAAAUAAAUGGAUAAAGGUCACAGUGUUUCUAAACAACAAGCUAAAGUUACCCUUGGGGGCUUAACAGUGUGCAGACCUUAUUCCUUGUUUUUUUGCGUAUUAAUAAGAAAACAAACUAAUAUAAGUUCUUAGGGAUGCACAGAUACAUCACGUUUAACAUCAGUCAACACACACAGAUGUCAGCACAUUUAACAAACAUUGGUCAUCUACAAACCAGCACAGUUUUAGAUAUGUUCAAAACUGUUCUUUCUUGGCGCCCGGCAUUAAUGUAAGGAUGAAAUUACAUGAUGUAUGAAUCAAUGUAAAUAACAUAAUUUUACCUCACUCACAGUUGUAAAUUGACUGAUUUGUCAAACUUGCAGUCUUGUAAGUGGCCAUUAUGACAUGACAAAGCAAAUCAACCCAAAAGUCACUUACAAAUAGGGCUGAAAAAAUAUUAAAAAGUUGUCUGCACUUAUUGUGACUCAUAUUGCAAAUUUGGUUGAAUUAUUGUAGGGACCAUGAUUUUAUCGGCCUGAUAUCUGUAUCAGCAGAUAUCAAAAUUUCAGCUGAUAUUUACAUCCGAUAUUUUGGCCAUCAGUAUUACCACAAAUUGACUGGAAAAUUUGGCCAUAUUUACUAAUAAAUUAAUGGAGUUUUAGGCCGGACCAACAGAUCUAUGUAAGUUGAGAUUUUUGGCUUUAUUCAUCCUCAUUCUUUAAACUUUAAAGUGUUUUAAAAAAAACACUUCAAAGAAGAUGUUUCUUUUUUCAUCCUCAAACCUUAAAUUGUGUUCAAAGGACUGAAUCGGAAUUAUGCAAAACAUACUUAAAUAUCGGUAUCUGUAAAAAUCCAAUAUCAUGCAUCCCUAAAUUAUUGUAAUGAAGGGAAAUGUCAUUUUUAAUUUUUUUUCGUAUUGAUCAAGAAAAUACAUUUAAACAAGCAAAGUAGGAUUUUUUUGGAAACUAUUCUAUUCACUAUUGACAUAGCAUAACAUCUCUGCUGCACAAAACAAUGCAUAUCUUUAACAGAUAUAUUGACUCACAUUUAAGGUUGAAAUAAUAUUGCACCUUCUGCAAUUUUAAGUAUUGUCCAAGGCCAUAUUGUAAUUUAAACUAAAUCAAGAUUAAAUGCUCAGCGUUAUUAGUUUAAUGCAGAUAUUUAGCCCACCUCAACACUGCAGUACCUUCAGUAUCAGCCCUAAUUUUUCCAAAUGGUGCUUCACUAGUAUUUCUUCAAGUUUCUCACCAAAACCUAUUUUAAAGUUUGAACACAUCAUUAUGAUAUUUUAUUUACCUGCACCUAAUUGUCACCAUAGUGACUUGGCCUUGAAAGCAUCAUAAUGCAAUGUUAUGCCACCUUUUAUGUUCAGCCAACUAGGUCUUACUCUGCUGCUUCCAACGUGGAUUUCAAAUUGGAUCAAUAUUAUAAGGACUUACAAAAAAGUUUUGGGGAUUUUACCACGACUGAUUCAAGCGGAUAAGGAUAACUGACAUGCAGCAGCAGACAGUGAGUUAACAGGUUUUUACAAGACAACCAUCAGAGGUGUUGCAGUUUAUUGUCACAAUGCUGAUGUGCGAACUACUUAAUGGCUGGCAGCUCAGUGUGACUAUAUAGUUGCACUACACAACACGCAGCACUUCUCUUAGAAUAUUAACCACAUAUGAUCAGAUCAGUGACUAUAAUCCACAGAUCCUGUAAUUUAAAUGGCAGGUGGCCAAUAAUGAUUGGAUCCAGAUUAAUUAGGGUGUCUUGACUUGAGAGGUGCUUUAAAAAUAAACAGUUUACAUUUUUUAAACUUAAUUUUUUGUACAAAUUGUGACUUUUUAGUGAUUGUGUUCUUCAUGGUACAUUUCAAACAAGAUAAAAUCUUAAACUUGUCAGUAGCUCUUAACCUGUUUGUUUAUAGUUUUCCUAAAUAAUGUCUCAUGGGGUCCACCUUAAGAGGAAGGACUGUGCCUCUAUAGAGAUUCUUAAUCUUUCCAAUCUCUGUAUUGGUCUGAGUGAUCACAGGGGUGAGAAUAAACUAGAAUUUUUGAGUUAACCUGUGUACUGUUUCCCCCCUAGAUAAUGCUGAUAAACUUAGCAGUUUUCAGAAAACUUGAAGGGCAACAGCCAAAUGGUACAGCAUCACUUUUGUAAGUUUACCCACUUUUUCCAGAUUUCAGAAAAAGCGGUAGGGUUCGGCUGAGGGUUUGUAUGCACUUAACUCCUGUUUGACAAAACAGGUCACUCUAGAAAAUGAAAAAAAAAAAGAAGAUGAGAAGAAGGGAGGCAGGGAUGGCAGCUCUUCAUAUUUUUCCCUUGUUUUAAUAUUAAGCAUGUCAUAAAGGGCUUCAAUCCACACUCAGAAAGAGACACAGCACGAGCAUGUAGAAUUACAAUCAACAACAGCUGCCAACAGCGCUCCUUCUGUGCCAAGAGUCACAUCGCUCUCCUGGUCCUCUAAGAAGGAUUUUAGCAAAAGAGCUGAACAUCUCAAGGUGACAGAAAGUUUUAUUGACAUUAACAGAAUGCACUUCAUCCAGAUCUCACUCUCCUCCUGGUCAGAAUGUCUUUCAGUGUCGGCGAGGUGUUAAUCUGCAAAACUUCAUGCCAGAGGUCUGUGUGCGCGAGUUUCUCUCCUCACUUUGUCAACAUGCUUUAGCUAUCUACAAUGACUGGUUAACUGUGGGAAAAAUAUAUAUCCGACUCUUGACAUAGCCCAGUAUUGAUGUUGGCGUCUUUAUUGCUGUGGCAGUCUUGUGGAGUGAAUCUUUUUUGGUGUCAAGUGUCUUUAACGGUGUUUUGAGUGGCACCGACCAAUCUCAAUUUCAGCUAGGGAUGGCGAGUCUCUCUCUUUCUCUCGCUCGUUCGCGCUCUCUCACACAGGUGUAUAAUAUGUAGCUACAGUAGGUAUUAAUGACCAUUGUGAAAAAGUGACCCUUAAUAUGCAACUCAGUGGAAACGGUGUGAAAGAGUAGAUGUACGAGUAAUCAAUAUUGUCAAAGUGACUAUGGUCUGUUAUUUAACAGUUCUUGCUGUUUUGUAGUUAUUUUUUGUAAGAUGUGUUUUUAUUUUGCCCUCACAUGUUGAAUUCCUUUGUGGCAAAGCAAUUGGCCCUUGCUUAUAGUAGCUAAAACUGAUGGGGAGGGUUGCACUUAGCCUUACUCUAAAUAAUCAGAUCAAUAAAUCGGAAAAGGACUUAAAGAUGUGCUUAUGAUUAAGUGUUUAUGCACUGAGCGAACAUUAGAUUUUAUCCCAAGGGCCACUUGCAAUAUUUUAUUUUAUUUCUUUGGUAUGUGUGUUUGUGCGUGCGUUUUUUUGUACGUUGGAGGUUCCUCUGCUGCUACACCAGUCAUUAAUGCUCGUUGUUCGCUGUAGCAUCAUCCACGGCGUUUCUGUUCUCAUCACGUGUCAACCGUGUAUUUAAAAAUUGAUCUUAACACUGUAAUUUGUUCUGCAGAUUUUAAUCGGUUCUGUUUCUUUUUUUUGUUUCAUUUCGAAGCAUUGUGUAAGACAGGAUAUUUAAGAGCACUUGUGUGAGUUUAUUAGCUCUUACAUUGGCUUUUUUCAUGAGAAUAUGCUUUGUAAACAGUUGACUGUGCAGGUUUUUUUCCUCUUACUCCAUGGAGUGUGUUUCAAAAGGUAUAAAAAUCUGACUAAAGCGAGUAAUACAAAGUUAAUAAUCUGUUUUGUUAUUUUUCUGUAUGGGUUGUAAUAAAAUAUUGCAGUACUUUGUAUGAAAACAGACAAUAGUUAAUUGUAACUAUUUAUAAAUUAAAUUAUUGUACUUUUUGCAAUCUGUAGAUAAGUACUAUGUAUUCAUGUAUACAGUAACAACUGUGGAUUUAAACGUGAUUCUCUGAGGUGUCUAAGUUAUUGAUGUAUAUAUUGUAUGUUUGUUGAUACAGCUUACUUUAUUUUCUAUAAGACCAAUAAAAUGUUUUGAAAAAGGA